AUGAAGCAACAAGAAGUCGUCAACCCGCCAGGAACGUCUUCGACACUGGCGUCGACCUCUAAUAUCGAAGUCGAGAAGACAGGAGCUAUGGCUGAAAGUAGUGCUCCAGACAUGAACCAGCGCCAUUCGAUUAUCCAACACCUUGCUCGCCAAUUCUCUGACCAGUCAGGACUUGGUAACGAGCACCCAGCCCUCGUCAGCAAUUCCCCUGACUCCCCUUUGAAUCCCCAUGGCGAGAAAUUCGAUGCAAAAGCCUGGGCGAUGACGGUAGUGAACGCCACCAGAUCCUCCCAAAAAUCGGUUCGGCAAACUGGUCUCUGCUUCCAAAACAUGAGUGUCUUCGGUUUUGGCACUCCGAUCGAUUUCCAGAAGGAUGUCGCUAAUGUGUGGCUUGCGCUGCCCAAUAUGAUCCGUCGCCUGUUCCUACAUUCGACAAAUAACCGACGCAUUGACAUUCUACAUCACAUGGACGGUAUCAUCAAUCCCGGCGAGAUGUGCGUUGUCUUGGGACCGCCUGGAUCAGGGUGUUCGACAUUUCUGAAGUCCAUUGCGGGCGAGACAAAUGGCAUUCACAUCUCCGAGGACUCACACUUCAACUACCAGGGUAUUUCAUCUCAGGAGAUGCAUACCGCUCACAGGGGCGAGACUAUCUAUACUGCCGAGACAGACGUCCACUUUCCUAAACUCACAGUCGGGGAGACUUUGCAAUUUGCAUCUCAAGCUCGCUGCCCAAGAUCAUUGCCGCCUGGUAUUUCGAAAGACAAGUAUUGUAAGCACCUCCGCGAUGUAGUGAUGACCAUGUAUGGCAUCAGUCAUACUCUCAACUCCAAAGUCGGCAAUGACUUUGUCCGAGGGGUCUCAGGAGGUGAACGAAAACGAGUCACCAUCGCCGAGUCGACUUUGGCUAACGCCCCAUUUCAGUGCUGGGAUAACUCAACACGUGGCCUUGAUUCUGCCAACGCGAUCGAGUUUUGCAAGACCCUUCGACUGCAGUCUCAGCUGUUCGGACAAGCGUGUGCGGUAUCGAUUUAUCAGGCACCGCAAGCAGCAUUCGACUUGUUUGACAAGGCCAUGGUGGUCUACGAAGGACGACAGAUAUAUUUUGGUCCGGCAUCCAAGGCCAAGGAAUAUUUUAUCAACCUUGGAUUCGAGCCUCAUGCUCGGCAGACGACACCUGAUUUCUUGACCUCAAUGACCUCGCCUUCAGAGCGUGUAUCCCGCCCUGGCUUCAAACCUCCUCAAACAUCAGAGGACUUCGCAGCUGCUUGGAAGGCAAGUCAAGAAUAUCGAGAACUAAAAAUGCAAAUGGAAGAGUAUCAAAUACGACAUCCCAUUGGCGGCUCAGAUGCUCUGACUUUCCGGGAGCAGAAGAAAUCAGUACAAGCCCACGGCCAGCGACUCAAUUCUCCCUUCAUGCUGAGCUAUUCUCAGCAAGUCAUGCUUUGUCUCUGGCGUGGAUAUAGACGUCUCCUGGCAGACCCCGGGAUUCCUGUUGGCAUGUCCAUCGGCAACCUCAUUAUAGGACUUAUCCUCUCAUCCCUAUUCUACAAUCUGGGGCUGAACACAGACUCGUUCUACGGCCGCAGCUGUGUCCUGUUCAUGACCAUCAUCUCCAAUGCCUUCGCCUCAAUGCUCGAGAUCUUUACCCUGUAUGAUCAACGACCCAUUGUCGAAAAGCAGAAUCGUUAUGCAUUCUAUCACCCUUCAGCCGAAUCAUACUCUUCUGUGAUGCUCGACCUACCUAUCAAAGUUCUCAACAACAUUGUUUUCAAUAGCGUGUUCUAUUUCAUGACAAAUCUCAACCGCCAACCAGGGCCCUUUUUCUUUUACAUGUUCGUCAUGUUUCUUGUCACAUUAGCCAUGUCUGGGGUUUUCAGGUCAAUAGCCGCGUUGUCUCGAACAUUGUAUCAGGCCAUGAUACCUGCAGCCAUCCUAAUGCUCUCCCUCAUCAUUUUCACCGGUUUCGUAAUGCCCAUCGACUACAUGCUGUCCUGGUGCCGCUGGAUCAGCUACCUGAACCCUGUCGCCUAUGGCUUUGAAUCUCUCAUGGUCAAUGAGUUCCACGGCCGUGACUUCCCCUGCACUACUUACGUCCCUGAUUAUGCCGACCGCGCGAGUGCGGCUUGCAGUGCUAUCGGAGCGGUCCCCGGGCGCUCUUAUGUCAACGGCGAGGACUACAUCAACACUGCUUACAGCUACUAUCAUGCCCAUAAGUGGCGCAAUGUUGGGAUUGUCAUCGCCAUGAUUAUUUUCAACCACGUCGUAUACUUCAUUGCCAGCGAGUAUAUCACCGCUAAGAAAUCGAAAGGCGAAGUGCUCGUGUUCAGACGAGGCUUUGUGCCAGCUUCGCAAGUCGGGGAUAAAACUGAUGUCGAAAAGUCGUUGCCUCGCCCGGUGCCAGUAACAAAGCAUUUUGAGGGAUCUUCAUCCAGCGUUGAGAGGACAAUUCAAGCUUCCGUGAGUGUUUUUCACUGGAGCAACGUAUGCUACGAUCUGAAAAUCAAAAAGGAGAACCGACGUAUUCUUGAUCACGUUGAUGGCUGGGUUAAACCAGGCACACUUACAGCUCUGAUGGGAGUUUCAGGCGCAGGUAAAACAACUCUGCUGGAUUGCCUGGCUGCCAGGUUGGGCACUGGGGUCAUCACGGGAGAGAUGCUGGUUGACGGCCAUCUCCGCGACGAGAGCUUUCAAAGAAAGACGGGUUAUGUUCAGCAGCAAGACCUUCAUCUAGAGACAAGCACAGUCAGAGAGGCUUUGGAAUUUUCAGCACUUCUCCGCCAACCGGAAUCGAACACUAGCGAAGAAAAACUUGCAUACGUCGAUGAGAUGAUCAAAUUGCUAGACAUGGAAGAAUACGCGGAUGCAAUUGUCGGUCUGUUGGGCGAGGGUCUCAACAUCGAGCAGCGCAAACGCCUCACGAUCGGUGUUGAGCUGGCUGCCAAACCGCCUCUACUUCUUUUCGUUGAUGAGCCUACAUCAGGUCUGGACUCUCAAACUAGUUGGGCUAUUCUCAACCUGCUAGAGAAGCUUUCGAAAGCUGGCCAGUCUAUUCUUUGCACCAUUCAUCAACCCUCGGCCAUGCUCUUCCAAAGGUUCGAUAGACUGCUUUUCUUGUCCAAGAAUGGAAGAACCGUAUAUUUCGGUGAUAUUGGAGAGAAUUCCAAAACCCUGACCGAGUAUUUCGAACGAUACUCGGCGCCUGCCUGCCCUCCUGGUGUCAACCCAGCCGAAUGGAUGUUCGAGGCCGUUGGCGAUGCCCCAGGGAGUGAGACAAAGGUCGACUGGCAUCAGACAUGGCGCUCAAGCCCCGAAUUUGAAGCCGUCCAGAACGAGCUGAAACGCCUCAAGGAAUCGAGACAGACCGAAUCAGCUACUACAGAGAUUCAUAACAAACACGCAUAUGCAGAAUUCGCAGCACCAUUAUGGGACCAGCUACUCAUCGUAACGACCCGCGCCUUUGAACAAUAUUGGCGCACACCCUCUUACAUCUACUCCAAAUUGAGCCUGUGCAUCUGCGUCAGUCUGUUCAUUGGCUUGGUUUUUCUCGAUGGACCACGAUCGAUCCAGGGCCUUCAAAACCAGAUGUUUGCCAUCUUCGAAUUCUGCUCUAUCUUCUCCCAGCUCGUCCAGCAGCAGAUACCAAGUUUCGUGACACAGCGCACUCUCUACGAAGCUCGUGAGCGGCCAUCCAAGACAUACUCCUGGAAGAUAUAUAUGCUCAGCCAGAUCAUCAUUGAGAUCCCCUGGAAUAUCAUCGCGUCAGUGUUUCUAUGGGCUCUGAUAUACUACCCUGUGGGAUUCUACAAAAACGCUGAAGCCGCCGACCAGGGAACAGAAAGGGGCGUGUUAAUGUGGCUGUUGUUCCUUCAGUUCAUCAUGUUGACGUCGACGUUUGCGACUAUGUGCAUGUCCUUCACUGACUCGGGUGAGUCAGGUGGGAACCUCGCCAACCUGCUCUUUAUGCUAUCCUUCUUCUUCUGUGGUGUUCUCGCCAAGGCUGAUUCUAUGCCCCGUUUCUGGGUAUUCCUUUACCGCUGUACACCAUUGACAUACUGGGUAUCCUCGGUUCUUUCGACAGGCCUAGCCAAUAACAAAGUUGAGUGUGCUACUAAUGAAUGGGUCCCUGUCACUCUUCCGGCGAACGAAACUUGCGGUAGCUAUAUGGCGGAAUACAUCUCCAGCCGGGGCGGCUACGUGCUGGACGCGAAUAGCACAUCCAGCUGCGAUUAUUGUUCCAUGAGCGACACUAAUGUCUUCCUACAGACCAUCGGUUCUAGCUACGGCAACCGAUGGAGAGACUUUAGACUUGGCUGGGUCUACAUUGUUUUCAAUGUCUGUGCGGCAUUGGCUUUGUACUAUGUAGUGCGAAUGCCAAAGGGGAAGAAGACGCUGUAG